UGUGGCACAGUAGCCAAACAAGACGUCAAGAUGGGCUACUCGAACCUCUUUAGCCACGUGCUGAAGCAGCACCCCGACUACGUGGCCACGCUGGCGAACAGCGGCUUCAACUCGGGGACGCUGGUCGUUUUUAUCGACCAGAAGAGCCAGACCGUCUACUGCUGGCUGGACUUUGUCACUGAGUGCAACCUCCCUUUUUCGUUCUGCGAACACCCGACUGUGGACAAGUACACGACGAUGAAGCGGAUUUGCACCGAGACGCUGUUGAAGUACGCGGUCUUGGUGACCAAGGAGGUCGAGAUUGGCAUCAGUGCGUUCAUCACUCUCUAA